AUGCCUAUGUGUUUUAUAUGUAACCAAACAUUCAGUUUAAAUUCUAAUUUAAUCACUCAUUUAAAUAUUUUUCACGAUCCAAAAUCUUUGAUGGAGUUUAAAUGUUUGGAACCUAAUUGUUGUAGAGUUUUGACUACUUUUCACUCAUAUAAAAAUCAUUUGACCCUACAUACAAACUUACCCGAUGUUUCAACUUCUAAUGAGUAUUUGAAUUUUACUAAAGAACACAAAACUUCAGCUCUACACUUUGUCAGUUGCCCAGUUUUAAAUGAUGACAUCCCUUCAAGUCAUCACUGUACAGAAUCAAUUACAAUUAAAUAA